AUGGGGUAUGUCAGUCGGUACAUGGAGGAUCCAUGCGAAGAUCACUACACGGCAGUCAAGCAUCUCCUCCGCCACGUGGUUGGUACUCACGGGUAUGGUGUUGUCUACAAGAAGGAAGGAGGGGUCGCACUCACGUUGACAGGGUACAGCAACAGUGACAUGGCUGACGACCUUGAUGGCUGCAAGAGCACAACCAGCGUUCUCUUCCUCCUCGGCCACAGUCCCAUCUCCUGGCAAUCGCAGAAGCAGAGAGUGGUUGCACUCUCCACAUGCAAAGCAGAGUAUAUAGUUGUGGCUACAGUAGCUUGCCAGGGAGUUUGGCUCGCUCGAUUGCUGCGCAAGCUCACCAAUGAAGAGCUCCAAGCACUGACAUUGAUGGUGGACAACAAGUCUGCCAUCUCACUCAUCAAGAACCCAGCCCUCCACGACAGGAGCAAGCACAUUGACACCCGAUAUCACUUCAUACGUGAUUGUGUCGCUAGAGGACAGAUCGACCCCGAAUUCGUUGAAUCUGAAUGGCAGCUCACGGACAUCCUCACCAAACCACUCGGUCAUGUUCAGUUCUAG